GCGGCGGCGAUGUCUCCCCCCACCGUCGUCAGUUCAUGAAACCCUCCUCGAAUCUAUCUCUUCUCAAAUCUCUCCGUACCCGAGACUCUCCCUUCUUACUCACCCGAACAAUGACACAAACCACAGAUCUCCUCUGCUCAGAUCAGCAGCAGGAGCAUGAUGUACAAAUUGAGAAGCCGACCGAAGCAGCACCAACAAGCUUAAGCUCUCCAUGUCGUGUAUUGAGCAUUGACACUAGAGUUGAACAGGCUUGGGCACACUGGAAGAAACUAGGUAGACCGAAGUAUAUAGUAGCUCCAAUGGUGGAUAACUCUGAGCUUCCGUUUCGAUUGCUCUGCCAGAAAUACGGAGCUCAAGCUGCUUACACGCCGAUGCUUCAUUCUAGGAUUUUUACGGAGACUGAUAAUCGAAACAAGGAGUUCACCACUUGUAAGGAGGACAGGCCAUUGUUUGUGCAGUUCUGUGCUAAUGAUCCUGAUACACUCUUGGAAGCUGCUAAGAGAGUCGAGAAUUACUGCGAUUAUGUUGAUAUCAAUCUAGGGUGUCCUCAACGUAUUGCGAGGAGAGGAAACUAUGGUGCAUUCUUGAUGGACAAUCUUCCUUUAGUCAAAUCACUUGUUGAAAAGCUAGCUCAGAACCUCACUGUUCCCGUCUCCUGCAAGAUCCGCAUUUUCCCAAACCUUCAAGACACACUCAAUUACGCCAAGAUGCUAGAAGACGCUGGUUGCUCGCUGGUAGCAGUUCAUGGCAGAACCAGAGAUGAGAAAGACGGCAAAAAGUUUAGAGCUAACUGGGGCGCCAUCAAGGAGGUGAGAAACGCUCUGAGGAUCCCUGUUUUAGCCAAUGGGAAUGUGAGAUGCAUUGAAGAUGUGGAGGACUGUAUCAGAGAGACGGGUGUUGAAGGUGUUCUUUCUGCAGAGACGCUUCUUGAAAACCCUGCGGUGUUUGCCGGGUUUAGAACCGCUGAAUGGGCUAAAGACAGUGAAGAAGAAGAAGAGGGAUACGUUGAUGGAGGGUUAGAUCAGGGAGAUUUAGUUGUUGAGUAUUUGAAGUUAUGUGAGAAACAUCCGGUUCCAUGGAGGAUGAUUCGGUCUCACGUGCAUAAGAUGUUGGGAGAUUGGUUUAAGGUUCAUCCACAGGUUAGAGAGCAGCUUAAUUCUCAGAACAUAUUGACUUUUGAGUUUCUAUACGGUCUUGUGGAUCAGCUAAAAGAGCUUGGAGGACGAGUUCCACUCUACAAGAAGAGGAAAUUAGAUAUUCCACAUGGGUCUCCACCAAAGGGUUUAGAGAGUUGA